CUCCAAUAGUCUCUGUUCAGUCGCAUGUCUUCGUUAUGAGUUGUGUCGCGAAUCAGGAGGGUUCGAGGACUUUCAUUCACACGAUAUUCACCAGCUCCUCAGCCUCGUUGUGCUGGUGUUUCCUCCGCCUUGACAUUCUCCACAAGGCGCAGGCGACUUUGUUGGCCUCGUACUGUACAACUUUCCGCUUCGCAACGUCUCGCUCUCUUGAAGCCUCAAAGCCGCAUCCAACUUUUCAGAUCUUGCGUCGCCCAUUGUCAUUAUGGACAAUAUGGACGCGCCUGAUCCUUCUGUAAACUUCUUUGCACCUGAACUCUUCCAGCAAGAAGACGACGCGACUCUUCCUCACAACUCCCUACAUCCUCUUUCUCACGAUGUCGACAUGGCCAUGGUAGAUCAAGAUGGACAUGACUUGCACACUUCCGAACUCCCCGGUGACCUCGUCGAUGACGGUCUUGUCAAGCAGGAGAUGAUCGAAAGUGAUUAUCCUCCACUUGACGAUGAGUCUCUCCCUGUCGAUACUACGACAUCAUUAGAUGUGGUCGACGGGUCGCUCUUGGGAAACGACUCAUCUCCACGCGGCUCGCCAGAACAGAGUGGAAAGAAGCCCAGGGCCUCUGGCAAGCCUCGAAAACCUGAUCCAAACGCGCCGCCAAAGUCUCACGUGCACUCUUCCAAAAACGAAGGUCAGCACACCGAUCGCAGAUACCUUUGCUAUCUCUGCAACAAGUUAUUCACCAGGAGACGGUCUGUAAGAGACCACAUCUCCAAGAUCCAUAAUACAAAGACAUGGGAACCACUGCGCAGCCUCGAAAUCAUUGUUGAGCCCAUCACCGGCGAACCACUGGAACCUCUCGAAGAAAUAGUCGCACGAGGCCCGCCGCCUCCACCUCCUAAGCUGACCAAGGCAGAAAAAGCAGAGAGGCAAGCCAAACAUGAAGAAGAGGAAGCGGAUGGCGAUGACGAGCCCGAAACCGUUGCUCGAGUUCAACGCGAAUCUGAAGAGCGAGACAUGAGACCUGCACGUGAAUCACAUGCCGCUGAAGCAUCAACGCCUCAACCGACAAGCUCCAUCGCGACGCUGAAGAAGGAGCCCUCGGUUGCGGGAUCCAGAGCAUCUUCCACAGAACCUUUUGCAACCCCAGCGCCCGUUGCGGGCAGAAAGAGACCUGCUCCGGACGACUCUGCUAAAUCUUCGGCGGCAGCUAAGAAGAAGGGGACUGCCAAAGUUAAGAGCUCGACUGCGCCCAACAAACGAUCGAAGCUGAGCGAGUCCGAGAACAGCCCACCAGCCAGAUCGGCCUACCGAUCUCCCAGUGCUACGCCGGCUUCCACGCUGUUGAAACCGAUUCCUUCCAAGCUUAAGAAGCAGACGUCUGCGGCCAGUGUCAAAUCCUCUCCAACCCCUGCUUCUUCUCGUGGCGGUUCCAUCGAGGCCAGAUCUCGCUCAAGCUCCGUCGCCGAUACCCCGGGCAGCUCCAAUGAUGAUGGUGAAAUAUUUUGCAUCUGUAGAAAAGGUGACAAUCAUACUUGGAUGAUCGCGUGUGACGGCGGCUGCGAAGAGUGGUUUCACGGCAAUUGUGUGAAUAUACGAGAGAGGGACGGCGAUCUCAUCGACAAAUACAUCUGUCCGAGAUGCGCGAAACCAGGUUUACAGACGACAUGGAAGCGUAUGUGCAGGCGGAGAGACUGUAGAAAGCCUGCAAGGGUCACACAAGACCCCCCGAGCAAAUACUGCUCUGAUGCUUGUGGAAGGAUGUUCUUCGUUGAACUGGUUCAGCGUGGCGACCCCAACGUGCAGGUCAGCAGAGAUGGCCAGUACAUCGUCGAGGCCGAGAAACCGAAGAAAUUGCGCAAAAAGCACAAAAAGACCGAGGGCCGGAACAAGAUGGCCAGGUCACUCAACAACGUCAACGGCGACGUGGGGACUCCGAUCAACAACGAAAGUCGACUCGCGACACCCGCGUACAGUGACGAGGAGAAGACCGAGUACGAGACCGACAGCAGCCUGGACGAUGACAUGUUGCCCAACCGCGGCUCGUCGUUGCGGGCAGGUGAAGUCAAGGCGCUUCUGGAAAAGUGCAAGGACGUUGAAGAGUGGCGUGCGCUGGGACGCAAACCGGAAACACCUCCACGAGAUGUCGACAUGGGUGACGUGGAUGCCAAUGCCACGACAAAAGCAGAAUCCAAGGGAUUAGAAUCGGAAUUGAAAUUGGAGUUCGACGAGCUCGAGAUUGCAAAGAUGGCCAGUAUCCAAGAGGAGAAGGUCAAACUCAACGGACGCAACGACAUUCUCAGCGCGCGGGAAUUGUUACUCGAACUCGUCAAGGUCAGGUCCGGCAGCAUCACGGACGAGGUCAAGAAGUCACACCCCAAAAUGAAGGACGUCUGUGGAUUCGACCCACGGAUGGCGUGGUCCGAUGAGGAGUUUGGAAAUUGGUACUUGCAGCGUGGAGGCAAGGAGAUUCUGGACCAGGGGAUCGAAAAGGCCAAGAUAGGACCUCCCGAGGACGGCGUCGUCGUGAAUGGGAUCGGAGAGCACGAGCAUGACGACGAUGACGACGAUGACGACGACGACAAUGGAGGUGACAUGCCGAAAAAGGGUGGGGUCUGCGUCAAGAACCGAUGCCCUCGUCACCGCAACUGGGCUAAGAGCCAACUUGCGGAGUUGAGGUUCGAGCAAGACCUCGUCCGACGCCAGCUGGGGAGGUGCGACACCCAGGAGCAAAAGAUGAAGGAGAGGGCCACGGUCAGAGCUUGGGAGAAGAGAGGUUUGUUGGUUUCGUCGACCACAAACUAGAAAAAGUCGACUUUGAACCUCGACCUCGACCUCGACCUCGAAAACUCCACCAACCUGAAGACUUGAGCUGACCCCGUGUAUGUUCGUCGACGUCUACGUUUGCUCCAGAUGGGUGGUUGUUUGUUUACCAUUCAAUGAAUUAUUUUUUUCUUUUUUCAGAGUCUUCGACCAUCGUCACUCGACCGACAGAUGAUUACCUCUUGACCAUGACAGACAGACAGAGAGACAUGUGUCUCUUUGACGACUCCAUGGAUGAUUGUUUUUUCAGGCCAGACCAAAAGCACAAGGCUAUGUACUCGAACAAAGUACCUACUCAGUCGUGGACAAUAGGAAUUACCACGAUACGAAAUUAAAAGAAACCGAGAAAAACAGACCACACCCUUUCUUUUGUGUAACUGUACCCUACUACUACAUACACUCUGUAGGUCUUUGUGUAUACAACCUACAUACCCACGCGGGCCCCCCCCC